CCGAAAGAAAAAAGUCGAUCCGUCUACGCGGAGCUGGCGGUGAACAGCGUGGCCUAGCCUAGCCUAGCCUACCGCACUACCGAAAGACUUCUUUUUCUGAGUCCUGAACUUCACUCGAGGAAAGACGGGGUCAAGUGAAGUGAAGUGAAGGAAGAAGAAGAAGAUGUCAACAUGUCGGACCCCAUCGACCGCAUAGUGAAGGGUGCACCGCCUCCAGAUGUGUCGGCAGAACAGCUUGCAGCGAAUGCGCGUGCCUCGACAUCCUCCAAACGAAACAGUAUCACCGCUCCCAUACCGCCGGAUGCUUCACCACAGCAGCAGCAGCAGAGUUACAGCAAUGACCCGCGGGAUGCCUUACCGAGCAGUCCGCCUCAGAUCUACUUGAACCUGCUCAUUAUGGAGUCGAGCUUGAGACUGCAAUACAUCAGCCUUCGGACACGACUUCGACUGCACUUACUGCUCUUCAUUGGUCUGGUCGCCUGGACCGUGACCUUUACCUAUCUCCUCUUCUUCCGUCCCCGAGAAGAUGGCUCGGGAGUGGGGGGAAGUGUCUACUGGGUGCUGGAGACGGGAGAGAAGAUGGGUUGGUGUUCGGGCUGUGUCACUCUGCUGCUCUUUUGGGGUACCGGCAUGUAUGAACGCGGAGUGCGAUGGCCGCGCAAAUUCAUCGGCACGACGAACCGAGGACUACGUGGUUUCAACCUCAAGGUCGUCCUCGUCCGUGCGGGCAUGCUUCGAGAAAUCGUAUCGUGGUUGGCGAUUCUGGAUCCGGCAGGUUGGUUCCAGGAAGAACGCGUUCACUUUCAGAUCGUGCCCAAGGACAUCGAAAGCGUGGCGGGAGAUGCACAGCCGGGGAAAGACCAUCUCCAUUGGAAUGCGCAUGCGGCCAAGUAUGGCCUGCUCGAAGAAGACAUUGCGCCUGCGGGCGAUGUGCUUCGAAUCUUGCUCCUCCCUAAGCCCUUCUCACCGGACUUUCGAGAAGGGUGGGAUACAUUCCGCUUGGAGUAUUGGGAACGCGAGAAUGCCCGGCGAGCCCAGCUUCGUGCCGUCGUCCGAGCCCGGAAGCGCGAAGUGGCGAAGCGAGAAGGCGGAUGGUUCUGGUGGACUGGAUGGCGGGGCUGGCAGAACGUGACAAUGAAUCCGUUCCGUCGAAGGAAGACUCGUCGGCAACAGGAACUCGAGCGAUUGGCAUUACGCGAGAAGAUCUCGACCGAAGGAUCCAAAGCUCGAGUAUUUCCCGGUGGAGAAGCAGCACGCAGAAGAAAAGGCUCACUCUUGCAAGGCCAGCAGCCGAUGAGUCGAAGUGGUUCGCACAGCCGCACCAACAGCAGAGCUUCGACUCCUGGUCCCGAUGGCGACUCUCGUCCCUCCACCGCCACCAAGGAAGGCCGCACGCGACGUGGUAGUUCUGCGAGUAGUGUCGGCUCGCGUCGACCACGCAAACUCGCCUCCUUGAACGAGCCCUCCCGACUGUCUGCGACCGAGACACUGAUGUAUAUGAAUGACGAUCCCUCACGAGACACAACACCGGAUGGUCAAGACCGACCUCUCCGCAAUGCCGCUCGACCCACACGGAGAGGUUCUUCGAAGAGAGAUAGUACCAUCAGUACAGGAAGUUCGGAUUUGGACUCGCGGGAUAACAGCUUUGAUACGAGAAGUACCGAGACUGUAAAUACUGCGCGGCAUUCUCAUCAACAUCAUCAUUCUACCAGGCAGACGAGUAGUAUGGAGCCUAUCUUUGCGGAGGAAAUCAAGCAGGAACCGGAAGAGCAUGAGUAGCUAGCUAUUCGGUUCAGGUCCACUAAGUUAACUGUGCAAAUGAGAACAGUCUUUGAGACAGUUUCGACUGUAACUUUGAUAUCUUCACGAGCCAGAUACGUAUAUAUUCCUUGUUACACAAUG